CAAUCUCCAAAGCAACUACUAGAAUAAGUGGAGCGGCUCUCUCCUCAGCUUAAUUCAAACGUACAAUUCAUAUCCUCCCAAAAUGGUGGCGUAUGCAGUUCUCGGUGCCACUGGCAAUUGCGGCACUGCCCUCCUCGAGCUUCUCAUCAAGAAUACCAAUGCCAAAGUCAAAGCCUACUGCCGCAACAAAGACAAGCUCUUCAGACUAGUCCCUGAAGCCGCAAACAACCCCAGGGUCGAAGUCUAUACUGGCAGCAUUCUAGACGCCGAUCUGCUCGGCAAGGCAAUGUACGGUUGCAAAGCUGUCUUUCUUACAGCUACCACCAACGACAACGUGCCUGGAUGCCACAUCAGCCAAGACCUUGCGCACACCGUUAUCAAAGGGCUAGAAAAGAUAAAGUCUGAAGGAAGCCAGGCUACACCGAUGCCAAGGCUGGUAUUGCUGUCCUCCGCUACCAUUGAUCCUUGGAUCAGCCGAAAGAACCCUUGGGUCAAUGCCAUUGUUCGUCGAUCUGCAUGGCACGUGUACCGGGACUUGGAGCUUGCUGAAGAGUUCCUCCGAAAGCAUGAAGACUGGGUCAAGUGCGUUUAUAUCAAGCCAGGAGGUCUGUCGGUGGAUGUGCAGAGGGGUCACAGGCUCACUUUGGACGACGAAGAAUCGUUUGUUUCAUACCUUGAUAUUGCGGCUGGUAUGAUUGAAACGGCGGAGGAUGACGAGGGCAAGUGGGAUAAUAAGAAUGUUGGCGUGGUGAAUGCGGGUGGCAAGGCCAAGUUCCCCAAGGGCACGCCAAAGUGCAUCAUCUGCGGAUUACUGUCGUACUAUUUUCCUUUCUUGUACCCUUAUUUGCCAUCUGGUACGGGGCCUGCGUAGUUAUACCAUGUUGCUUUAGGUUUUCUUGUAGCGUAUGUCUGGCUAUCAAUAGUGUGAAUAAUGGAUACCAAAUUGAAAUUGAAUUUUGGGAUCAUGCUCAUGUGCGUUUUUUGCGACAUAGAAAAACAAGUUUCAAAUUUUUGUCUCGCAG